AUGGAGCCCGUCGACGUCACCGAGGCUGCGCGCAUUCAGGCCAAGGCGGACGCCAAGUCGUCCCGCGUUGCUGACCUCGUGGCGAAAAAGGUCGCGGCCGUCGAUUGCGAGGACUUCGAGGAGGCGGCGAGGCUGAAGGAGGAGCUCAAUGCAGCCCGGGCCGAGGCGCUUGCAGCGUGGCAGGCCGAGCAAGCAGAGGUGCUCGACCAGGUCGAGAAGAGCAAGACUGCGCUCGACGUAGCGGAGGAGUCGCUCAGCGUUGCAAAGCAGGCGCUGUCCGUGGAGGAGGUGGCGCUGAAGGAGGUGAACGCGUUGCUCAAGCAGAACAUGGCGGCAAUCAAGGCGGCGGUCAAGGAGGAGGACUUCACAAAGGCGGCAGAGCUGAAGGACGUUGCCGGAGUUGACCUUGGCGGGCGACUGGCCGCGGCCAAGGAGGCCGUCGCCGCAAAGAAGGAAACUCUCGCGGCUGCUAAGGAGGCCAGAGCCAAGGCCUUGACGGAGCUGACUGACACGAUGCUGAAGCUCGAUGAUGGGAAGAUGCCUAAGGCCGCCAAGCCCGCAAGCCGGCGUCGUCCGUCCGUGGCGUGGCUAAAGCCGGGCGGCAAAGAUGCCGCAGCGGGUGACGCGGAGCCCUCAGAGGGCGCCGCGGCUGGGGACGCGGACGCGCCGCCAUCCAAGGCCUCGGGCCUGCGCCGUCCGUCUAUGGCGUGGCUAAAGCCGGGCGGAAAAGAUGUCGCAGCGGGCGACGCGGAGCCUGCAGAGGGCGCCUCGGCUGGCGACGCGGACGCGCCGCCAUCCAAGGCCUCGGGCCUGCGCCGUCCGUCCGUCGAGGCGGUUGACUUUUCGUGUUGCAAGCCGGGCGCAAAGGCCGUCGCCCCGGGCGACGCUGCGGCCGUCGAGGAGGGCGCCAAGGACGAGGGUGGCACGGUCGAGGCGGUCAGCUUCUGGCGCUGCAGCGGGUCGCUGCGAUCCUCCUCCCGUUCGGAGGGCGCACCGGAAGGGAAGGUUCGGAAGGUGCGCGACCCAGCGACGGCGAUCCUCUCCGCGGUGACCGUGCGCAAGCUGGGCGUCGCCGAGCUCGACCCGAUCUUCCUCGCCGCCGGCCGGAUCGCCAACCACGCUGUCGUCCUCAACAAUACGAUGGUGAGCCUCGUCGAGGGUCUCAAGGAGAGCGUCGCGACGUGCUUCGGCGCCUACCAGUGCAGGCCGGUCCUCACGCAGGCCGGCCCCGCGUUCGCCGUGACGACGCUCUCCGACAGCGACGGCACCGCCUCGAUUGUCGCGCAGUGCACGUCUCACCGCGGGCUAGUGGUGUGUGACGAGGCGCUCUAUGGCGACGAGACAAAGCUCAACGCCGAUGCCAAGGCGGCGCUCGAGGUUGCCUCCGAGGCGCUCACCGCGCUGACCGCAGCCGUCGCGGAGGCCAACGCGGGCGGCUGCGGCAUCUCGUACCACAUGCUCAACGGCAGCCUCGGGCUCCGGCUGCCGCCAGCCGUCGAGGAGGCGCCGGCAAAGGAGCAGAAGCAGAAGAAGCCCAAGAAGAAGGGCCUCAUGUCCAAGUCAAUGUCGCUCGGCCUUGGCGCGAUGUCAAAGGGGGCGGGGCUGGCAGCGGCCAAGGCGAAGAAGCUGGCGGCCAAGUCUGACGCCGAGGCUGCCUCUGCGGCGGCUGCUGCCUUCUCGGCGGCGUCAGCGGUCGCCGCUGGUCUGUCCAAGCGGGAGCAGUUUGAGAAGGCAAAGGCUGACUCGGCGCUGCAGAAGGCCGCGUUCCGCGCGUGCACUGUGUAUUGCCAGGCGCUCUUCCGCCUGCGCCUCGCCCUCGUCUCUGCGCGCUUUGAGGGAGUGCUGCAGGGCGGCCUCCGCGCCGCGGUCGACGAGGUCCGCGCUCGCGUGACCGAGGUCUUCUCCGCCGCCGGCCGGCCGAUCAACUGGCUCAAGGUGAUCUCGCUCGACCUGCUCAAGCUGCUGGAGGGCAAGCUGGUCUUCAAGCUCAACCUCAGCUUUGACCACCUUCAGAUGGACGCGGCGCUCAAGAAGUGCCUCAAUUUCCUGACGCAGAAGAUGGUGGGGAUGAUCGAGACGAUCGCGGUCAAGUGCUAUCUGCUCUUCAAGGAGUCGAUCUCCAUGGUGAAGAAGCUGACCUGUCUCGUGGAGGACGCGCGGCUGUGGGGCGGUCGCGGGCCGCUCAACCGCCUCGCCAACCUCGUGCAGCCUCUCUCGAGAGGGGAGGCGGUGCCGUACCACACGCUCGACGAUGUGCUGGGCACGCAGGCGAACGCCGCCAAGCCGUCGCACUGGAUUGUGCUGCUGGGCUGCGUCCUGCUCGCCGCGGAGGUCCUCACCUUCCUCCUGAUCUACGUCUCCUGCUGCGUCGCGCCGCCCGGGAAGCAGACGGACGACGCUUCCGGCCGCAACCUUUCCCUCUCCGACCUGCCCCCGCACGGGCCUGCUUGGGCGCCGCGCCCGCUCUGCUCCAGCACACGCAGCGGGUCCGUGUACAGCGGCAGCGGCGGCGGCGGCGGCGGCGGCAGCUUGGGCGGCGCGCUGUGGAGCGGCCGCCCGUACGAGCGCGUCCAGACGGCGGCGACCCGUGGGCCGACCACGCGCGGCUGUUCACAGCCAGAGGCGACCCGUGGGCCGACCACGCGCGGCUGUUCGACGUGCUGGCCCCGCGCGAGGGAGGGGCCUUCUCGGACGACGACGACGACUCGUCCAUCGGGUCGACGCGCGGAGUCUCCGGCCGGCACUCCCGCGCAGCAGAGGCGGGCGGAGGCGUCAGCCCGGUCGGCACCGCCAGCAGCCGCCGCUCGCUCGCGCAGGCAAAGGCGUCGGUGCCGCGUUCCGCCUCUUCGCCCGCCGAGCUCAGCGAGACUGCGGAGCCAGAGUCGCCGCUCGCGCGCGCGCAGCGGCUCGAGCAGCUCGCGCUGCAGGAGCAGCUCGCGAGGCUGGCUGGCGCGGGGGGCUGCGCGCGCCCGCCGGGCGGUGGCCGCGCGCCGUUCGACGGACGCGCGGCAGAGGGGCGCGCGGAGAGCUUCCCGCGCGGCUUUGGGGCGAGGGCAAAGGUGGCGCCGCAGUCGGCGGCGCUGCAGGCGGCGCAGCAGCGGCGUCUCGCGCGCGCGCGCGCGGCGAGGGAGGAGGGGGGGCCUCCGGCGCAGUCGUUCACGGUGCUUGUGUGAGGGGCGAGGGGCGUGGCGCGUGGCCUCUACUGCCGGUCUGUGUGAGGGUGUCUGCAGUCUGGUCGUCGCCGGCCGACGCAUCUCUCACUUUCCGCUCGCGUUGUGUUACACGGUAUCAAACUCUAUACUGUC